AUGGCGGGUGCUGGGCAGCCAUGGUACAUGCCACUGCUGUGGCCUGCCGGCCAUGUCUACAAUGCCACGAGGGGCAAGCUCGAGCCACAAAAGCUUUCGGCGGCACCGGAGCUCGACCUCGUGGGCCAUAUCACAUCCAUGGCUUCAUCGGCGCGUUCAUUCCUUCUCGCUUACGUGGCGAUCUAUGCAGUCUACGAAGAUGGCGGCUAUCCUGCCUUUGGUCGUGGUGCCAGUUUAAGCCUUGAUUGGAUGUGGCCCAUCUUGCUUCGCAAUCUGUUGGCCACUUGGAUCAUCUGUGGCUUCUGGGACUGGUUCCUAUACUUAUCCCCAUGGAAGGAGUCGCUUCGCCAGUUCAAGAUGAACAGCAAGUACCCUCCGAUGAGCCAACUGCGGCAUGAUGCAGUGGCCAGCACCGUUGCCACGAUUUGCGGCACUUUGGUAGAGAUCGUCCUAUGCCACUUGUGGGCCACGAAUGCACUGACGAUGCACAGAAAGCUCAGCGACGCACCUUUGCAAAGCUGUGUGUUUACUUUGACCAUCACACAUUGGCGAGUUCCUCAUUUCUACCUGAUGCACCGGGCUCUUCACCCAUGGAGGACCACGACGGUACCAGAUUUCGGCCAGGUGCUCUACCGGCAUGUGCACGCGCAGCACCACAAGUCCUACCUGCCAACUGCUUUUUCCGGUACCAACAUGCACCCCGUGGAGGCCACAUUGUACUACGCAAUGCCGACAGUCUUCAUGGCAUGGCUGGUGCGCCUUCAUCCCACCAUUGCCGUCGCCUGCAUCUUCGACUGCGCCAUCGGCGCUUGGCUUGGUCAUGAUGGGUUUCAGUGGCCUGGGUCAGGGGAUUACUUCCACCAGCUGCACCAUGAGAACUUCGACUGCAAUUUUGGAGCCAUGCAUGUGCCCAUGGACAAGUGGAUGGGAACAUUCUGCGGCAACAAUGCCGACUUGCACACGAUUUGGGGUGAGAAGAAGGUUGGGCGAGAAGCAAACCUUGAAGACACGAAGAUUUGGAAGUGCCAGUAA